AUGCCUAUGUUAUAUCAGCCUAAGGAGAAGUGGGGACUCGACUUGGUCCUCCCAGCCAUUCCAACCCCAGGUAACAACUCGUUCUUGGGAGACGUUUUCACCUCCGAGGCCGAGCCAGACAAGCAGAUCUCGUGUGGAUUUUACAGACAGGAGGCCGGUGAGCCAUUGGUCUACACCUACGACUACGACGAAAUGAAGGUGAUUCUUGAGGUUGUUGGUGAAUACACCUUGACUGAUGAGACUGGCUACAAGGUUAGCGUCAAGCCUGGUGAUGUCUUCUACUUUAAGAAGGGAUGCACCAUUACAUUCCAGAACACAGGAGGAUACGGGCUAGCCUUCUUCACUGGAUUGAGAACCAACGGCACUGCUUAA